AAGGCAGGCAAAAUGGAUCGCCGCGAAAUCACCCCGGAGGCUGACAAAACCCACCAAAAUCGCCUCUCCAGCGUCACCGAGGAGGAAGAAGAACAAGAUGCAGCUUACACGAUCGUGACGGUCCUGGACAAAGUGGCCAACAUUGUGGACAGUGUGCAGGCGAGCCAGAAAAGGAUAGAGGAGAGGCACAGGGAGAUGGAGAACGCCAUCAAGACCAUACAGAUUGACAUUUUAAAGCUUGCCCAGGCUCACGGCAAUACCGGCUACACGGUGAACAAGUUACUGGAGAAAACCCGCAAAGUCAGCUCCACUGUGAAGGAGGUGCGGGCACGCGUGGAGAGGCAGAGCGCCAGCGUGCGGAAGGUGGAAGCAAAACAAGAGGAGAUGCUGAAGAAAAACAAAUUCCGGGUCGUAAUCUAUCAGGAGGAAACUGAGUGUCCUUCAUCUCUCUCUGUUAUCAAAGAGACGACACCAGGUGAAAUUCUAGAGGAUGAUUUCUUCCCACCUGAUGACCUCUCCUCUGAUGAAGAAUAUUACAUCGAAGAAAGCAAAGCAACCCAGUUCAAGAAAUCAGGUAUGAGGCGCAUAGAUGAUAUCAAAAAGGCCUUUUCAAGGGAAAAUAUCCAAAAGACGAGACAAAAUUUUGGCAAGAAGGUAAACAGGAUUCGAACGAGAAUAGUGACCCCUGAGAGGAGAGAAAGGAUCAGGCAAUCAGGAGAGAGACUGAAACAAUCUGGCAUAAGGAUCAAGAAAACCAUUUCACAGGCUGCCCCAACGAAGGAGACGUUCAAGAUCCAUAAAAAAAAUAAAGAACGAACAGGAGCUGAAGGUCAGGAGGGGAUCCAGGAAGCCGGUGCGCACAUCGCCUCUGAGCUCGCGGCAGCAGAGCCCUUCACUGAGGAAAUCUCUUACACAGAAGUGAUCACUAAGGUAAAGAAAGACAAGAACAGUGCAACAAAAGGUGCUUCCCAGUCAACUGAAAAAGGAGUGACAAUCCCAGAAGUCGUUCUUAAGCAAGAAGGAAAAGAAGGAGGAGGAGGAGGUGAUGAUGUCCCUUUGCUAGACUUAAAGCAAUCAGCAUAA